AGGAAGGAGGGAGGGAAGGAAAGCCGCCCGGCCGUCUCGGGUGCUGCGGAGGCGGCGGCGGCUGCCAUGGAGAACCCGGUGGAAAGCCUCCACAAGGAAGCCACUUGCUCCAUCUGCCUGGAGUAUUUCCGCGACCCGGUCUCCAUCGCUUGCGGGCACAGCUUCUGCCGGGGGUGCAUCGGGCAGUGCUGGAAAGAGCGGAGCACCAAUUUCUCCUGCCCUCAGUGCCGGGAGGUGGCCCUGCAGAGGAAUUUCAGGCCCAACCGGGAACUGGGCAAUGUCGUGGAAAUCACCAAGCGGCUCGGUUUGCGCGCCCUGGAGGCGACCGGAGGAGGAGGAGGAGAGGGCCAAGCGGUGUGCGAGAAGCACCGGGAGGCGCUGAAGCUCUUUUGCACCGAGGAGGAGGAGCUCAUCUGCUGCAUCUGCCGGGAGUCCCGAGCUCACCGAAGCCACGCCGUGUUUCCUGUAGAGGAAGCAGCCCAGGAUUAUAAGAAGGAAAUCCAGAUCCGGUUGCAGAGCUUGAAGGAAGAAACAGAGAAACUCCUAGAAUUAAAUCUGGCUGGAGAACUUAGACACCAGGACUAUCUGAGGCAAGCAGAAGCUGAGAGACAGAAGGCUUUGUCUGAAUUUGAGCAAAUGCAUCGCUUUCUGGAGGAGCAGGAAAAACUCCUGCUGGCUCAGCUGAAUGAGCUGGAGAAGGAGAUUGUCAAGCAUCAGAAAGAACACAGCACAAAGUUUUCCCAGGAGAUCGCCUCUCUCAGUGCUGUGAUUGAUCAGCUAGAAGAGAAAUGUCAACAGCCAGACAGUGAAUUCUUGCAGGAUAUCAGAAGCACAUUGUGCAGGUUUGAGAAGGAGCCAUUUCAACCCCCUGAGGAGAUGCCACAAAAGGUGGAGAAGAGACUAAGUGAAUUCUCUGAGAAAAACAUUGCACUUGCAGACAUCAUGAAGAACCUUAAAGAUGGUCUUCCAUCAGAACUGGGAACAGAAUGGGUCAACGUAACCCUUGACACAGAAACGGCAAACCCCCAAGUCAUCAUCUCUGAGGAUCGGAAAAGUGCGAGAUGGGAUGUCACCAGGACAGAUGUGCCACACAAUCCGAAACGGUUCAAGUCCUCUUGCUGCGUGCUGGGCUGUGAAGGGUUCAGUUCUGGGAGGCACUACUGGGAGGUCAAUGUGGAAGAUGGGGGCAUCUGGGCGGUGGGAGUGGCCCGAGGCUCUGUGAGGAGGAAGGUAGAGCUCAAACUUACCCCAGAGGAAGGGAUAUGGGCUCUGCAAGGAGAUUUUGGGCAAUAUCAAGCCCUCACCGUCCCCAUAACGCCUCUGCCCCUCAGCUGCAGUCCAAGAAGGAUCCGGGUUUCUCUGGACUAUGAAAAGGAGCAGGUGGAAUUUUUUAAUGCUGACACAAAGGACUCCAUCUUUAUUUUCCCAUCUGCUUCCUUUUGUGGUGAGAGAGUGUUCCCAUUUUUUAAGGUGUUGCUUGCCCAGUUGACAGUUGAUGGUUGAGGCUGCCUCCAAUUCAUGUGAGGCAAAUUAGCUACCCCUUAAAAUACUUUUACCAACUACACGGCUCUGAGAAUCAGAGGGGGGGGGUACCCAAAAUCUUCCGCCUUCCAGUUCAUGCUGACAGACUGAGGGGUGACUUGUGACCCUUAUUAAGUGACUUAUCAACACAGGAAUGGAUGGUGAAGGGAGUUUACUCCCCAUUUAUUUGGCGGAAAUCAUGAUGGUGCCAUUGUGUGUGUGUGUGUG